UUACUUGUGAAACGAACAUAUUCAAACACUAAGUGGAAAACAUACCCGCACACAGAUAGAACCCUGGGCGAGGGGCGCUCACCAGCACUUUUCACCGCAGAUGUGCCUUACACAUUGUCAAAGGCUGCGGACUGGGAAAAGGAGCAACACCGAGAGGAUCUCCUGUGGGUUUUGAAGGAAGUUAACCUUUGGAACCAAACAGACCUUCCCUGUGAUCGUCUGUUUUUCUCCCCACUUCUUCAAAUAUACAGCGACGAACAGGGAGGAGUUGUCGGCAAUAGGCUGGGAUCAAUAGAUGAGACCGGUGAAGUUGUGGCUGGUUGUCAGGCUGAGAGCGGCAGUGGCUAUUACUGCCUGGCAAAGAUUCUGUGCGUCUUUGGAAAACUGGAUAACUCCGUCCUGGGAGUUAUUUGCUUCGUGAUGACGCUGGAGGAAAUUAUUUCUUUCUUUCGGAAUCCGGUUCUUAUCCUGAGUCCUCUAAAUAGCUCUUUCCAAAGUGUCUAGAAAUCUCUCUCACCUUGUGUUCUGGGAUUCUCAUUUGCCCUGCGUGUUCCAGCAGAUAACGCUCGCUAUUUCUGCUCUAUAGAAGAUUUGAUUCUCCGACCUUGUACUCUGCGAUUUAUUUUACUAAUGCUGUGUUGACAGAUUUCUCACAGUCUGUUCUCGUGUUCUGACAAAUUUAUUUUACUAAUCCUGUGUUACUGGAGAGUUCUCACAAACCCUGUGUUCCGGGAGGUUUCUCUCUCGGUCUCUGACCCUGUGUUCCGGGAGGUUUCUCUCUCGGUCUCUGACCCUGUGUUCCGGGAGGUUUCUCUCUCGGUCUCUGACCCUGUGUUCCGGGAGGUUUGUCGCUGACCUUGUGCUCUCUGGAAACCUCUGUCUGCUCGGGGUGCUAUGCACCAGCGGAACCUGACCGUCCUGUUGCCGCAAACACUUUGUGACUACAGGGGCACCUUUGGAAAUGCCGGUCAGGAACAGGUACAACUUGGUGGACGAUGUCGCUGACUCCAGGACCCCUCUUUACAACGAAGAGGCUUUCGAGCAUGGCAUUCACUUCCAGGCCAAGUACGUCGGGAGUUUGGAUGUACAAAGACCCAACAGUCGCGUGGAGAUAGUGGCAGCCAUGCGAAGGAUACGGUAUGAAUUUAAAGCCAAGAACAUUAAGAAGAAAAAGGUGAGCAUCUUGGUGUCUGUGGAUGGAGUAAAGGUCAUUCUGAGGAAAAAGCAAAAGAGAAAGGAGUGGACAUGGGAUGCGAAUAAGAUGUUGCUGAUGCACGAUCCUAUUUACAGAAUAUUCUAUGUAUCACAUGAUUCCCAGGAUUUAAAGAUAUUCAGCUACAUUGCCAGGGAUGGCAUCAGCAACACUUUUCGAUGCAAUGUAUUUAAAUCAAAGAAAAAGAGCCAAGCAAUGCGAAUUGUUCGCACAAUAGGGCAGGCCUUUGAGGUCUGUCAUAAACUGAGUUUACAACAUGCUAAAGAAAAUGCAGAUGGGCAGGCGGAUGGUGCAAGUGACAAAGCAACAGAAGAGCCAUACACUGGAGGUCACCAGUUCCCUGGAGUAAAGCAGAAUGGGGCUAUGGGCAAGGAGGUAGAAUCUCACAGCACUAGCGAGUUGCCAUGUGAACUGGAAGUCAUUAACGCAGCACAAACUCUUAAAGAGAGAAAAUAUCAGGAUCCGGAGAGUGGAAGCCCUUUCGCUUUGUCCGCUCAGCUGCCACGAUCUCCCAGCAGUCAGUGCUCCUCUCCUACUCCACUGGCAUCCCAGCACCACUUGCAACUGCUCCAACACCAGCUUUUACAGCAGCAGCAACAGACACAGGUGGCUGUGGCUCAGGUGCAUCUGCUGAAAGAUCAAUUAUCAGCUGAGACGGCGGCUAGAAUUGAGUCGCAGGCCCGUGUUCACCAGCUCAUUCUACAGAACAGGGAUCUCCUACAACAUGUCUCCCUCUUGGUCAAGCAGUUGAAGGAUUUUGAGAACAGAAUGAGUGCACAGCAGACAGUUGACACGAGUAUGAGCUCCAUUUCUGAACGGAUUUCAUUGUUGACUCUUCACCACCACAAUCUGAUAACGAAUGGACCUUCCACCUCAACCCCAGGAAGUGUUCUUAUUGCUUCUGGUCGGCCGAGCACAUGGAUCAGCCAUGACAACAAUCAGUCAUUCGCUAAUCUCAUGAAUUUAGAUAAAGAGAACCAAGAUUUAACAAUGGAAAGUAGUCACUGCCAGACAACGACUGAGAAGAAAGAGGGGAGCAGAAGGAUUGAAGUCUCAGAGGGCAGUGAAAAAACUACUGCCACUGGUGAGAUUGCUGCUGACUCUAAACUGGAAGACCUGAGCCUGGACAUGAAGAAUGAAAGGUUUGAUCAGAUCAUCCCACGGCUAAACCCACCACCAGCUAUCAUGAGGAAGCGUUCAGCUCGGUCGCUCCUGCUAUCUACUGAGACAGCCUCGCCUUGCAUCAAGCAGGUGGUCAUGAACAGCCUGUUGCAGUCUUUAGAUGCAUCAAGUUUUACAGAUGUUUCCUCCUGUACUUUUGCACCAUCUGACUUUGAAUCAGAAGUUGGACUGUCUGCAGAGGAGCAAACAACCCAGUUUCUACCUGCAGCUCUUCCUGCAGGAGCCAAAGCUCACGGUUUGAUUCUCAGCAAAGAGUCAAAUGAGCAAAACAGAACUCUAAACAUAGCCAGAAGCUGUGAGAACCAGGCUCAGUCAAUGAUGGCCCAAAUAGAUUUCUCACUCCACAGCCAAGCCAGCUCCCGUGAUGGUGUGGAGCUGGCUGAAACUAGUCCACCUUUCUCCCCACCCUUUUCUCCGUCAAUCAAUGAGACCUGCCUGCACAUCAGCUUCUCAGAGGAUGAGCUGUUGGACAAUGAUGCUGAAGAUUCAAGAGAACGUCAAAAAGCCUCAAUAGAAGAUGCAGAGGAUCAAAAUUUAAAUAAUCUAACCUCUGACUAAAGCUUUUUGUUGUUACAGGAAUAUUUAAUGACCUUCGUCUUCAGUGAUCUCAAAUUAUACUCGUGUGCAUUUCCAGAUCAGCUGACUUCAAAUGAUGGAAGAGUUGAUAGGUCUGGAAAGCCUUUUACAAUACCUUACAUGAUUACUAGUUUUCUGAAGGGAGAUUUCUCCAGUAGGAGAUCUGUAGUUUGACACUAAAUUCAAGAUUGUCAACAAUCAAGGCUGAAUUCAAGCCAGCUAUACAAUUCCAAGUUGGUCAGGGCUCAAACCUAGAUGGACUGUUAGAAAUCCAAAACUAUCAAGGAACAUGCUUCAGACAGUGUACAUUUUCCAGGGAUGUAAUAAUCAAGAAAUGCAAGAGAUAAAGUGUCAUAUUCAGUAUUGUAUGAAGGGUACCUGUCGGCACACUUUCCUGUUCCUGCACAGUGUAAAUCACACUAAUGUUCAACUUGUAGGUGUCACUUGUACAAUGUGGAAGGGAAGAAAACAAUUAGAGACUUCUUAAAAGAGGUUGUUUUGUUCCUCAGCCUCUAAAGGUGAGCUCUUUCUGAUAUACUGUCCAACAAUUUGGUGACCUCCUCAUUGUAAUGUUGUCAAAGUUCUUUAAGCUGCAAGCAUUCAAGAACCCCUCAGCAGCUCAGAACAAGGUGCUGGCUAAACAAAUAUUCCUUUUACAGCCACAAAGAUAUAAGGGUACAGCACAGUGACGUCAACAGGCUACAGAUAAAUAGGAUUUGAGGGGGACAUUGGAAUGAGACCUUAAGAAAAAUUGAGUGUAGGAUAUAUCAAUUAAAAUUACCCCAUUACUGAGGCUGGCAUCAUUUGGUAAGACAUUUCCACGUACACUUUGUGGAUGUGAAAUUAUCAAAUGUAAUUUGAACUCUUACACUGUCAUUUACUGAAGGGCUGACUAAGAAAGCAAUUUGUACGCACAUCUUUAUGUUGAGUCAGUUUUACACUAUAUAUACCAAUAUUGAAUACUCUAUUGUGUGUGUUCAUUCUUAGAAUCCCUACAGUAUGGAAGCAGGCCAUUUGACCCAUGGAUGCUGUUCCCACCCUGACCCAUUCCCCUAACCUAUCCUAUCCCCAUAACCCUGCAUUUCCAAUAACUAAUCCAUCUAGUCUGCUUAUCCGUGGACACUACAGGCAAUUUAGCAUGGCCAACCCACCUAACCUGCACAUGUGUGCACUGUGGUAGGAAACCGGAGCACCCGGUGGAAACCCAUUCAGGCACAGGUAGAACGUGCAAAGUCCACAGAGUCACCCAAGGCUGGGAUUGAACCCGGGUCCCUAGUGCUGUGAGGCAGCAGUGCAAACUGAUGAGCCACAAUGCUACUCCCUUACUGUCUCUCAAUUCUUACUGUCUGUCAGAAGUAAAACUCUAUUAUGUCCCACAAUGUGUAAUGGAUCAGAUAGUAAAUGAUGGCUUUAUUUUUGAGCUGCUUUCUUUCUUCUGUGUCUCAGGAGAGAUCACCUACAAUUGCCGCUGGACCAUUUGUCCCAAUGACAUUAGAUUUCUUGUACCUUGCUUUAAGUGUAUGUGAAUCUUCCCUUCAGCAUUUUUACUUUGUCUGAUAAUGAAAUUGAGAAUAAGUGGCCUGCAAAGGGAGAGUAAAGUUGGACUUUGGGAUAUGUGUUCUAAAGUCAAAAGCCACAUGUUUCAUAGCAGGGUAAGAAUAGAUUGGGAUGUUUAGGGCUGCACACACUCUGGUGUGAUUUUAACUUAUUCAAAACCCAUACAAUUGCACAGAAUUAAAAUCAGACCUGACAUCUGAAAGUCACAAGAGUUAAACUGAAACAGGUGUGCCCUUAGUUUCCAUUGACACAGUUCUGCUGGCAACCAUACAGCGUUUUGCGCAAGCAGCUUCAAUCUAGCUGCAGUUGUCUGUUUCUUAAAAUUUGCUUUACAAAAUUCCUGGGACAUUUUAUUAAACUAAAGAUGCUAUAAAUACAGCUUGUAAAUACGCAUGAAUCCUUUCAGACUCCUAGCCUCCACUGUAUAGCUGCUGCCCAAUGGAUAGCCAGUCAGGGACAGAUUGUCGCUUGCCCAGAAACUACAUGGAUUGCAAAGUGGACAAAAAGUAUUGCAAACUGGAGGACUGUAACAUGUGAUUUUCUUGACAGAUGAAACACCUGCUUUGAAGUAUUUCCCUAUGCCGCACUCCCUCCAUACCUGAUGAAACAAGCACACAGAACCUGAAAUGUUAACUCUGCAUUUUCUCCACAGAUUCUCACACUCUCAGAGUUGCUCCAGCAAUUUCUGUUUCAUUUCUCAUAGAACAGGGCUGCUUUGUAACCCUGGCUGUGGGGCACUGCCUUUGCAGUUGACACUUGUCCCUUGACGCCCGACUACCAUUGUCAUCUGCCGCUCCUCCUAGACCCAGCUCUAUCUUUGUUGUGCAGAUGGGCCAAUUAUUUCUCUUGAUCUGCAGCUGAUCUUUAUUUGCAUUGCUGAUAGCAAUUUGAAAGAGAUGGGAAUAAUCCUUCCUGAUGACCAGUAGCUGCAUGCCGCAUUAUUUAAAUGGUUCAAAGCAGAAAUAAAGGUUUAAACUGUUGAUUUAGAGGCAGCCUUUUGAAGUUUUCCACAGAUUUUCAUCCCAAAUCAUCUGAACACAGUGAGCUCUGCAGCUGAUUAUAGAUGUGUUCCCAGCAAAGCUAGCUCAUACAGGCAGGCAUGAGCACAUUACUCUAAUCUUGUUUGGCUGCAGAUGGGGUAACAGGUUGAAGCACCCCUGGUAGGAACUGAUUCGCACAAAAUUAUUAUAAAUUGUGCCCCUACAGAAAGAUCUCCUGGGCACAGUUUGCAUUAAACAAAAUAUGAUUGGAACUGACACUGUAGACUUGUGGUUAGGAUAAACAGGCUUGAUUGUAUUUUACUCACUGCGCAUGAUUAAAAGUUUUUUUAUUGUUAAGCAGUGUUUUAGCAGGCUAGAAAAAUACGGUCUUGAUUGGUUCAGUACACCCUGUUAUAUUGACACAGGUUACUUGUGGCUUGGAGACAAUGAGGACUGCAGAUGUUGGAAGCUAGAGCCAAUAAAUGUGGAGCUGGAAAAGCACAGCAGGUCAAGCAGACAGUAUACUUGUGGCUUAUUGUGACUGAAAUUGCUAACAGUUGCAUCUCCUUGGAGAUGGAUGCAUGGGCUAAGGCUCACUAAAGGUUUGCUGACCUAGUACAGCUUGGAGUGUUUGUUGGUUGAAACUUCAGCUGGAUGAAGCACCAUUUGGGUAUAUUUUAAUGUUCUGCUAUAGUGCAAAAUAAAUGAUAGUCAAUGGAAAUAGAAUUGAGGAGAAACACUAAACAGGCUGCCAACUUUCUAGCAUUCAUUUUAAAGUAUGGCACAAAGUCAGACCAAUUGCUAAUAGAGGACAGUAGACCCUUUGCACAGGCUCUUUCAAAUUAGUCACUCGGUCACUUUCCAUGUACCUUUUUAAAACUUUCCAUUCUUAACUAGUAAUUUACACCUUUUGAUUCACAGUGGUUUAAUUUUCAUUCUUUUCUAUUUUUAUUCUAAAUUUUGUUUUCUAAAUUAAUGUUGAUUUAUUUUAAAGAAAAAAUGGCUUUAAAUUUCACAGAGUCAACUUUGAUACAUUCAAAGUGUCUGACCCCCAUUUCAAUAUUAAUACAGCUUUCACUCUAGCAGCAAGGUUCUCUCCUUGGGACCUUUAUCAAUAGAGCAUGACACAUUAUCUUGACAAUCCUGCUUGCAGUGGAGCCAGACAGUGUUCACAGCUUUCAAUUUCAGUCAAUCAACAGAAAAUAAAGAGAUUCAAAUACUGAAACAUACAUCAGUUGAUAUGGCCACAACAGAGGAUCACAUUUGGUGCCAGUUUACCAUUGCAGUACCUCCCACUGGGUUUCCACUCAUUUCCCAUUUGGUUCAUUGGAUUGUCCUGUAUUAAGCACCAGCUGUUACCUGAUGGUUGUUUUGAUCAGUAUUCCAUCAGGAAAUAUAUAUGGAGAUUAGAAUAUUCAAUUCUGGAAUUCUUGCUCCAAAAAGGUUCUUGAUUCUGAGCCAAUUGAAGCGAGAAUUUGUUGACUGUAGGUAAAAAGUGUAUUAAGGACUUCAAAUUACUGUCUCUUAAAAAGUAGGAACUUGGUUUCUAACAUAUAAAAUUUUUUUUCAGAUUUGAAGUAAGGAAAUAACUGCCAUAAUAUUGAUUGGAAUUUUUUUACAGUUAAAUUGGUAGUAUGUGUUCUAAUGUACUCAUAAUAAUUGCUGAGUUUUAUUGCUUCUGAUGAAGCUUAAUUCAUUUGUAAAUGGAAAGCAUUUACCAAGACCUAUGAGUGUAGAUUCUUGGUCAUUUGCCAUCUUUUUCACUGGUUUGAAUUAUGGGUGGCACAGUGGUUAGCACUGCUGCCUCACAACACCAGGGACCCGGUUUCAAUUCCAUCCUGGAGCAACUGUCUCUGUGGAGUUUGCACAUUCUCCCCGUGUCUGCAUGGGUUUCCCCAAGGAGCACCAGUUUCCUCCCACAGUCCAAAGAUGUGUAGAUUAAGUGCUUUGGCCAUGCUAAGUUGCCCAUAGGGUUCAGGGGUGUGUAGGUUGGGUAGGU